AUGCCCGAAUCUCUACUCUGGAUCAACAAAGACUCGGCCUCUGCAGUCCUGUCGAGAAGCUCGAAGGCCGAGACCAGGCAGAUUCGGAAACAUGUCCAGCAUGAACGACAGGUGAAAGCAAGAAUUGCGCACCAAGGAGCCAAACCGUCUGGGAACCGCAAAGACGGGACCUUGUCGCCGGAGCAAAAAUCAACCGCAGGCGCCGACAAGCAGCGUGGUCUCCGCCUCGACACCAAUGUACAAACGCAGCAGAAUGAUACCGGCGAACCACAUCAGCGUGCUUUACUCUCCGCAUCGCUAUCCCCAACCAGCCAUUCUGGUCGAGUACUCCAGGCCAUCAGCGCCAUUCCGGGGCUGGAACCACAGGAACACCGCAGCUUAGUGUUUUUCUGCCAGCGGACAGGGCCAGAGUGGUCCGGCUGGAGAGACGCGGCCUUCUGGAACAAAUUGAUCCUCCAGGCUUGCUACUUGAACCAGUCCAUACUCCAUGGAGUAGUUGCCCUAGGCGCGCUGCACGAAGCCUCCGAGUUUGAGAGCGAGUCAGACGAAAGAUCCAACCUACAGCAGCUGGCCCUGCAUCAGAGUAGCAAAGCUUCUCGAAUGGCCUUUGAAACUGCAGUGUCCGAGAUUGCCACUCUGAUAUCAUGCAUCAUUUUCAUUUGUCUACAAAAUUUGCAAGAUAGCCAUACUGCCUACCAGCUCCUGAGGUCGGGCCACAGUCUAAUCACGGACAUUGAUGAUCGCUUGCUUUCCGGCGACCUCGUUCUUGCCGAUAGCGAGAAGGCUGUCUUGAACAAUUUCCUUCGGCCCAUUAUCGAGCGACUGCGGAUGAGAUUCUGCUGUAUCGUUGAUGUUCCGUCUGCCCUGGCGCUGAGUGCAGCCAUCAGGCGAAACAAGUCCGAACGUCUCCUACCAACACCAGAGAUCCCUUACUGCUUUGGCAACCUGCUCGAGGCACGCAACAAACUCGAGGAGAUUGUCGAUUGGGCUCAGGAGAACAUCGAUCCUUCUGACUCGACAUGCGAGAACAAACUGCAAGCGCAAGUUAUCCUAUCAAGUUGGACUGCUGCCCUCGACGCGACCUGUAUCAAUGUGGUAGAGCGGUACGAGGCACUGACUGUGUCCAAGAAACUCCUCAAAGCUGCUGCACUGGUCGCAGCCAUUCUACUUGACACGUUGGGGACGCAGGAAGAAUGCAGCUACGAUGUCCAUGUAGACAAGUUCUCACAAAUCAUCAAUCUCUACAAGGAGGCCUUGACCGACCCCACCAAGAUGCGAAAAAAUGUCUCGUUCGGUAUUGACGCCGGAGUGAUUGACACACUGGCGUUCGUCGCUGGCAGAUGUCGUGAUCCCAUCGUCCGCCGUUCAGCUGUUGAGCUGCUUACGCAGACAAACAGGACAGAAGGCGAUCUACAAGGAAGAACGGGCAGUACAAUUCUCCAAACACUGAUCCAGCUUGAAGAAGAGAACCUCUUGGUCACCUCGGCGAGCGACAUACCUGAAAGCCAACGACUCCGCAUAUGGGAGGACCAUCAGUAUUGGGAGACGGGACAAAUCCAAAUAUAUUUUGUCAGAUGGCCAUACGAUCCAGCUUUGGGCGCUGAGGUGAAACAAGUCACGACUUGUCUACCCAUCAAUUCUCUGAGAGCCGCGAAAGAGAAGGCAUUGCCCGGCAGUCCAGUGGGCCUGCCUAACGUCAAAUAUGGUCGAGGAAUGGGUGCAUUCUUGGAGGAAGGCUCACAGACAUACCACCAGAUCACGUUGUCGUCAUUUUUCAUGCCCGUGCCCAGAUUGUGA